UUUAAAUUCAAAACAAAGUGGGGAAGCUGUCACUUCUGUAAACGAACGUAGUUCAAAUUUUCAAUUGAAAGUUUACCGAACUUAUUACUGAACAUAUUAUUUAUACUAGGCAAAUAAUUUAAAUAUUUCUGUAUGAAAAUAAGAAGAAAGAGUUAAUACAAAAUAAAAUUGUAAUCACCAAGUAGAAUUAGUAAGUAAUUUCGAACGGUAUCCAUUGUGAAGUGAAAAUCAUGUCUGAGUUCCAGACUCCUGUAAGGAAAAAUAAAAGUAAUGAUGACAAAAUAACAAUACCGCCAUCGCCGUUUCUGAAUCGACUAGGAUAUGGUACAGGAGUAUCGGUUAUGCAGUUAGUAAGAUCGCCUCGUGCAGGUCAAAUCCGAUCACCGUGGGCAUUAAAAAUGCUGAACAAACGCGUGAAACAGAACAAAGUGUACUCGGAGCGUCUUAAAGUCGAGGCAGAGCUGUUACAACGCAUGUCCCAUCCAAACAUUGUCGGUUUCCGCGCAUUCAGUAAGGCCAAAACCUUGUACUUGGGUAUGGAGGCUUGUGAUGUGUCUCUGGGCGAUAUGAUUGAGAAACGUGUAGAAAAUGGUGGAGAUCCAUUCACGCCAAAACAAAUAUUGAAGGUCGCUUCGGACAUUGCAAGUGCACUGGACUACUUGCACACCAAGAUGCAGCUGCUACAUGGUGAUAUGAAGUCAUACAACAUCCUGGUGAAUGGAGAUUUUGUUAUUUGUAAGCUGUGUGACUUCGGCGUCACUUUGCCACUGGACGAAAAUGGUGUGUUUGACAAGGAGAAUGCUGGCAAGGCUGUUUAUUUUGGCACAGAAGCAUGGAGCGCUCCAGAAGUGAUCAACGGUGGGGAGAUAUCAAACAAAACUGACAUUUGGCCAUUUGGUCUGACGCUGUGGGAGAUGAUGUCACUGAUGCCACCACAUUCCCAAAUAGAUGAUGAUACACUCGACGAGAGUGUGAUAGACCUGGAUGACAGCACAGCUAGUAUGGAGGUUGAUUUCUUCUCUGAGAAAUAUGGCACCCGCCCCCUGGUGCCGGCCGACAUCUCUGAGAAAGUGUACUCCGAUCCUCUGGCGCUGUUCUGCUGCUGCACUGAGUCGCUGCCGUCGCUGCGGCCGUCAGCAGCCACCCUCGCUACCGCCGCUGCAGACAUGCUCUCACAACACCUCGUGUUAUAGUCUCUGUAUCUUUUUACGCAAUUUAGAACGACAACCAAUAGGACAAUCUGUAGAACAUCACAAAAUACACUGUGACGCCCACGAUAACCUUCAUGCAUUCCUAUUUCUAAGGACUAAAGUAUCAGUAUACUGUGUGAUUUCACUGCCGAAACAGACAUGCAAGCACAGCUGAUUGGCAGAAACAUUAGUUGACACAGACGUAUCUAUGUAGAACGCUUAUGCAUUGUCUUGAAAUAACUAGGUGCAAUAAAUUUACAUAGUCAUUGUGGGCGAAAGAACUGUAAAUUGGUAUGAAAAUUUUGAAUAUUUUGCAUAUUUUGUAUUUGGAUUAAAAAAAUAAAAUAAUAUAUAAAAAAAAGCAAAAAGAAGUAAGAGUACAAACAAAAUAUGACAAUUAUUUCAAGUCAAAAAAGGACUUUUUAACAUAUAAAAAAAAAAAGAAAUUAAAAGGCUGCACCAGCACCACUGUUUUACCCUAUUGAGGAGAUGCAAUGUUUUAAAGCUCCAUCUGCUUUGAAAAUAUUCAAAGCUUACUAAUAACUUUAGAAGGAUUUGUUUUAUUUUAUAAUAAAACAUUGUAUAAUUUAAAACAACUAUAAUAAUAUAAUUAACAUAAAUAAAAAAUCAACAAAAUACUGUACCUUAUACAUCUAGUACAUACAUAUUCAACCUCAUUUUAUUUAAUAUACAACAUACAUUGACACUUGACGUCUUCAUAUCCUCGCUCAUACACUUGUAAAACAAAAUUUCAUCUUGUUAAUUUAAGUUUAACAAUUAUUAAUUAUAAAAAAAAAAUAUGUCAAUAGAAGAUAAAAUGGACUGGGAGAAGUAAAAGGAAAUACAGUGUUAAAAUUUAAAUAAGUUGCCAUUUUUUGCUAUCUGCAAUAUCAGUUGCCAUUUCAUAUCUGCAAUGAGUGUAUCAAUCGGAUGAUUUGAAUAAAAUCAUUUUAGAUAAGCUGUAAACGAAUUAUUGAAAAGAUAAAGGAAUAGUCCCUGCUCUUUCAUACAUAUCUCGUCAUAGUCGUAGAAUACUGACGGAUCUUUAUAUGUAAUAUUCGUCAGAUCCGUCGGUAUUCUACGACUAUGACGAUUUGUUUUUGUGUUAUCGCACACAAAAAAACGAGACAGUGUGUACUGCGUCUCGUUCUUAUUUAUUCAUGUGGAUUCUCGUAUUUGGUAUGCAUUCGUUACACUUGUCUACCAGCUGGGAGAGGGUAAAUCGUUUGUAGUCUAAUAAAAAUACAAUAGUUGUGUACUUAUUUGUAAGUAAUUACUAGUUAUGUACCCUUCGGUAUGGAUCUACAUUGUUACCGCGAAAAGGUUGUAUGAAAAAUAUAUUUUUAAUAGUCUAUACUAACCCUUAGAGCAUAAACAAUUGAUAAAUACUUAUUUAAUUAAAAAAAAAAAAAAUAAGGUGUGGAACAUGGCAGUAUAAAA